AUGGACCAUACCACUGGUGAGGUGGCACUAAAAAAGCAGAGUCUAAGGCCUGUCGAUAACUCUUUAUGGAUUGUCGAAUGGUCCAGCCCGCAUGACGCACUCUCGCAAGAUCCCUUGCACGCUUAUGACAGUGGUUUGUUUGGCGAUCACAUGUUCGAGGAAGUCAAGGACCACCUGAAAACACUGGGACGUACUGCUGAGAAGACGACUGAUGACCAGUUUGCUGCAUUUCCAAGAUGGCGGAACCUAAACCACUUCGACCACGUUACAAACAUAAGUUUUUCCGAUGGCAACAAGUACCUGGAUAUAUCUAAGCAAAUAUUGUAUACAACACAGAAUGUGCUCACCUGCAAAGAUGACGAAGCUGGUUAUGCGCUUCUAAAGUGCAUAGCCAGCUAUCUUCAUGCCUACAUGUAUAUAACAUUUGACAUUCACACAGAAAGCACUAUUACAGCUGGGGAGGCCGAGAUUCUCGUUUUCCAGAAGUGCUUAGAUGAAUAUAUCAAAAUUCUUGGUGAUGAAGCGACAAAAAACUGGAAUUUUCCGAAGGUGCACUCAAUGAGGCACAUAUUUUCUGACAUUAGGGCAAAAGGAGCUGCACGAAACUUUAGUAUGCAGCCAAAUGAGAAGCAUCAUGGGCCUAUCAAGAGGGCCUAUAAACUGCAAACAAAUGGCAAAGAUAUCGCAAACCAAAUACUCAGGGUUGACCACACAACCUUCGUCUCUGUAGUCCUCCGCAACCGCAUCAAUCAUUUCGAUGAUGAACGACGCAAGGCCAUACUUUCAGAGAGAGAGCUUGAGACAGAGGACCUGGAUGAUCAGUCUUUUGGUGGACAUAUUCACCUUGGCGCUCCUCAGUCCGCAAUAACCUUUGCACAGCUUGAAAAUGACAAUGUGUCCAACCGUGCCUUUGGGCAGUUCCACAAAAAGCUCUUGACCUUCCUUAAUCACGCUCUACCUGCAUAUAAUAUACCAUUACCUGAUGGCAAAACAUGGCUGACGCUUUCAGCACAAGAUAUGGUUCAAGAACACCAAUAUCUCAAAGUGAAUUACGAGUCUGUUGUGGACUGGAAGCUUACUACCGACCACCUGCGCUGCAACCCAAGCUUUCAUGGCCGUGAACAAUGUGACUGUGCCCUUGUUCGCACCCAGGACAAAGAUGGAAAUAAUAAGAACAUUUUUGUUCGCAUUUUAUUCAUGUUCAAGCAAUCAAUCGGCAGUCAAACAUUGGAUCUCACCCUAGUUCAACCUAUGGAUGCUCCGACGGACCCACAACAUGCUGUAGAUCGAGAUUUGCGACUGAGACGUCUUCAUGCCCGACCACUCACUUCGACGGAGUUUAUCAUGCUUCACUCAGUUAUUCGUGGUGCAUUACUUGUUCCAGACUUCGCUAAGAUAUAUGUUUUAAUGAAUGCCCUGUCGACGUCGCAUGCUUUGUAUUACAUGGUUUUGUACAUAUUGCAACAUGCGGUACCCUCAAGGCCUGAAUUCUCCCACCUCUAUUCCGUGUUCAACUUGAAGUCAUCUGCCAUCAUGCCAUCAGCACACUGUCGCGCAGCAACUAUAGAGUCGAGCUCGGGCACUGAUCAAGAGUUCUCGUCGGAAUCGGAUUCAGACGACUCAGAUGCAGAGCUCAUCCAGGUCCGCACUGCGCUUGCUCCUGCACCUCCAGAUGCGACAUCUCAAGAGCUGCGCAAGGCCCUCGAGAUCUCGCAGAGACUAUUGCUCAACUUGCGUGGUAAAUGCCAUGAGGCUAUAAAGAAGAAUGCGCUCCUUGAGGCUGCAGUACCUAAAGACCACAAGUGUCGUAACCUUACUUCAAAUGAUCUUGCGAUGGCGGCCAAGAAAGACACCAUACGAGCUCUUGGGAAAAAAUACUCAAUAACCCACUGCCUUUGGAUCAACAUCGAACUUUUCCCGCUGUCAGCUCGCACCUGUCCAGACAUCGACCUCAAUAGCAAGGAGUGUUGGCAUACAGGAGUCUUGAUGGAGGAUGGUGUGAGGGCCGAGCUCUUCAAGUUCAUUCCUGAAGAAGAACGUGAAUUGAUGAGCUAUCAAAACUUCGGAUCUCAGGUCUUGAAAGUAUCGCUCUUCGGCAAGUCGUCAUUGGCACCUACAGGCGCUGCAUCUUCUAGGACAAAAGCCAAGAUCUGGAAAUUGCGAGCUAUAACGCCAGGUAUGAUUGCUGCUGCUGCUGUCGUGGCAAUAUUCCUACUCUCUGGUGAUGCAGAACUCACUGAAAUUGGUGACACUAUGAAGAUUCCAUACCGCGAAUACCACAACUUCUACCGUCAGCGUUUACUGACUGGAGGUGCCUGGGCGCACCAGGUCAUCACAUUCUUCAAUGAUGCUCUUUUCUCAGGAACUUCGUCUUAUGUUCCCCCCUCUACUACUCUCAAUGAUGACGGACUGGGUCACACAUGGGAAGAAGACUUCGAUCGCGCAAUAGAAGACAAAUUAGCAGAACCAGUUGUUGAUGAUGGGACACCACCAAUCCCGCCACAGCACGCUAAUGAUAAUACUAAUAGCGGUAGUGUCCAACUCCCUCAAUUCUGGCUCCCUCAAUUUCGGCUCCCCCUCCAGCUGUUGCAGCUCCCCCUGUAG